GUGGCCGUUGAUGCAGUUCACGGGUUGGCAAAUAGCAUUGAAUAAAAAGGAUAAAUAUACAUUCAUAGAAGUAUCAGACAGUCGUAGAACUAGGAGGAAAGCAACGAUCAAACCGAAAGCGAACCACAAAGGCUAUGCCUUGAAUCUUAGCUCCUCAACGGCUGCUAUUGUACUAUCAAUUAUUUAUCGAUGCUGUGAAAAAAAUACAGCUGGGGAUCAAAAACUGGCAUUUAUCGUGCAGAAAGGCGACCAAACAUGGCAAUGGCGACAUAAUUGAUGAAAUGUCAAGGGACACAAAAAUGAAAAAAAUAUUACAUGGCACUACUUCAAGACCCAGAAAAUUGAUUGAAUAAUUCUUUAGUCCACUAGAAUCGUGUUAAAGUACAAUAUUUGGAUGGUGCUUGCGAUGCACGGCAAAAAACGGCGAUUAAAUUUGCAAAAUAUGGCUGAGAUCGUGUUCUGGCUGGGGGUCCUAGACUAAAAAGGGCGGCUUGUUUAAAAGAAUGCGGAUUGCACAGUGUUAUGAUAAGGCUGGUCAGAUGAGGGACGUAAAUAUCUGGACGUGCCUCCAAUAAUGCGCCUUUGUUAAAAUGCAGGGCCACUACUUGCAGAAUAAGUUUUGGAGUGUGUUGCUUAGAAAAUCGCCUGCAUCCAGUUGCCCCUUUGGAGGAUUGGCACCAGACAUUUCUCCAAAUUCAUAUCCGUGAAUCUGACGAGAUGCCGUUCAUAUCGAUGUCCUUCAACGAUUCUCAGUUUGUUCCUCAUUCACAAAUCUUCUGAAAACUUCCGUGAUAUCGAUAAACUUUAAAACGGGACAUUCUCAUGUUUGCAUGUUAGACAGCACAGUACCUGUCCAUUGGUUGAACGACUAUAGCGAAUACUGACAAUUCAUUGCAAACCGUGUUAGCAAAAUUAAAAGCCAUGCGAAUGUAUUACAAAGCCAUCAGUGCAUAAGUUCCUACAUCUGACAACCCUGCAGACUUGGGUAGUCGUGGCGUCAGUUUCACGUCAGCAGCGUUGUGGUGGAAAUAUCUAGUCUAGUUGGCUGAUCCAGAUGAAUGGCCACCUCAGAUCGUGAAAAGUACAAAAGCAACAAUUGAUGCAGAGAAGAAGGGGAAUAAUGGCCUCGACGAAUCAUCGAAGAGUUCGGCUUGAUUAAAACCAGGCAGUUGGUGAUUAGGCGUUGAGAUUCAAGCACAAUCCUUUCGAUAAGAUCCAGAGACCCUUAACAAUACAAGAGUUCUAGAUCAAGAGUUAUUUUGUGUCCGAAAAGCCCAAGAGCGGAAAGUUCGUGAAAGCGAAAGUUCGUGAAGAAUUUUGGAUUCCUCGGCAAUGUUUGCCUUCGUAAGCUGGCAAAGUCUGAAGUAAAGAUAACACUAGAAAAGGUAAGAGAAUGGAUUCGAAAUCUUCAAAAUCUGUCACGGCAAACAAUGAUCCGUUAGAAACAGCAAACAUCAAUCUCAACUUAGGUGAUACCCAUUUUAGAUUAGCAGAAUAUAAAAAGGCUAUUACCUAUUACAUUAAAUAUAGGGAAAUUUGCACUGAAAUUGGCAAUUUUCAAGGAUUAGCAAGUGCCUGUGAGAAACUGGGUGCUGCCUUUUCACACCUAGGACAGCAUGAAGAGGCUAUCGAGUAUUUUGCAACAAGUUUAGAAAUUUUCAUUCAAUUUGACAACCACUCAGGAGUGGCAAAUAACAAUGGCAAUUUAGGCACUGCCUAUUAUAGUUUAGGAGAGCAUGAAAAAGCCAUUGACUAUCUGAAAAAAAGUUUGGAAAUCAGUGCUGCUAUUGGCGACAAGUCAGGAAUGGCAAAUAUUAAUGCGAAUUUGGGCAAUGUUUACCUUAGUUUAGGAGAACAUGAGAAAGCUAUAGACUAUUUCAAAAAUGGUUUAGAAAUGAAUAUUGCCAUUGGCGAUAAGUCAGGAAUUGCUGAUAACAAUGGCUAUUUGGGCAAUGUUUAUCUUAGAUUAGGAGAAUACGUAAAAUCCGUUGGCUAUUUAAAAGAAGGUUUAGAAUUGAGUACUGCUAUUGGUGAUAAGCCAGGUAUAGCAAAUAAAAAUUGCAAUUUGGGUAAUGCCUACCUUCGCUUAGGAGAAUAUGAGAAGGCUAUAGGCUAUUUUAACAAAGGUUUAGAAAUUAGUACCGCUUAUGGUGAUAAAUCAGGUAUAGCAACUAUAAAUGGCAAUGUGGGCAAUGUUUACCUUAUGUUAGGAGAAUAUGAGAAAGCCAUUGACUAUUUUAAGAAGAGUUUAGAAAUGCGAACUGCUAUUGGCCAUAAAUCAGGAAUAGAAAUUAUCCAUGGCAAUUUAGGCAAUGCUUACCUUAGAUUAGGAGAAUAUGAGAAAGCCAUUAGCUAUUACAGAAAAGGUUUAGAAAUGAGUACUGCUAAUAGCAAUAAGUCAGGAAUGGCAGCUAACAAUGGCAAUUUAGGUAAUGCCUACCUCUAUUUAGGAAAAUACGAGGAAGCCAUUGAAUGUUAUUUAAAAGGUUUAGAAAUGAGUACUGCUAUAGGCGAUAAGUCAGGAAUAGCGAUUAAAUAUGGCAAUUUGGGCAAUGCCUACCGUACUUUAGGCGAAUAUGAGAAGUCCAUGAACUAUUUCAAAAUAGCUUUGGAGAUGAGUAAAGCUAUUGGUGAUAAGUCAGGAAUUGCAACUAACAAUAGCAAUUUGGGCAUGGUCUACCAUAAUUUAGGACAAUAUGAGAAAGCUAUGGACUAUUUCAAAAAAGGUUUAGAGAUGAGUACUGUUAUUGGCGAUAAAUUGGGAAUCGCAAGUAACAAUAGCAAUUUUGGUGAUGCCUACCAUAGUUUAGGAGAAUAUAAAAAAGCCAUUGAAUAUUUCAAAAAAGGUUUAGAAAUGAGUAUCGCUAUUGGCGAUAAGUCAGGAACAGCAACUAACAAUGCCAAAUUAGGCAUGACCUACCUUAGUUUGGGGGAAUAUGCUGAGGCCAUUGACUAUUGCAAAAGAGGUUUAGAAACGAGUACUGCUAUUGGUGAAAACUUAGAAAUAGCAAGAAGCAGUGAAGGGUUAGGUAAUGCCUACCUCAUUUUAGGAGAGUAUGAGAAAGCUAUUGACUAUUUCAAAACGGGUUUAGCAAUUAGUACUGCUAUUGGUAAUAAGUCAGGAAUAGCAAGCAACAAUUGCUGUUUAGGAAAUGCAUAUCUUAAAUUAGGAGAAUGCGCGAAAGCCAUUCGUUAUUGCACAAAAGGUUUAGAAAUAAGUGCAGCUAUUGGCGAUAAGUCAGGAAUAGUAAACAACAAUACCAAUUUGGGUAAUGCCUACCGUGAAUUAGGAGAAUACGAGAAAGCUAUUGACUAUUUCAAAAAAAGUUUAGAAAUGAGUACUGAUAUUGGCGAGAAGUCAGCAGUUGCCACAAACAAUGGCAAUUUAGGCAAUGCCUACCUUAGCCUUGGAGAUUAUGAAAAAGCCAUAGACUCUUUCAAAACUAGUUUAGAAAUGAGUACUGUGAUUUGCGAUAAGUUGGGAAUAGCACAUAAUAAUGGCGGUUUAGGCAUCGCUUAUCUUAAAUUAGGAGAUUAUGAGAAAUCCAUUCACUUUUGCAGAAAAGGAUUAGAAAUGAGUACUUCUAUUGGUCAUAAGUCAGGAAUAGCAAGAAACACUGGCAAUUUGGCGAAUGCCUACCUUCGUUUAGGAGACUAUGUGAAAGCCAUUGACUAUUGCGAAAAAGGCUUGGAAUUGAGUCGUGCUAUUGGCAAUAAGACAGGAAUAGCAACUUGGAAUGGCAAUUUGGGCAAUACUUACCUUAGUCUCGGAGAGUAUGAGAAAGCUAUUGACUAUUACAAAAAGGGUUUAGAAAUGAGUACGGCUAUAGGGUAUAAGUCGGGAAUAGCAACAAACAAUAUCAAUUUGGGCAUUGCCUUCCUGAGUUUAGGAGAAUACGUGAAAGCUAUUGAUUACUUGGAAAAAGGUUUAGAAAUGAGUACUGAUAUUGGCGAUAAAUCAGGAAUCGCAAGUGCGCAUGGCAGUUUGGGCAGUGCUUAUAGAUGCUUGGGGGAAUAUGAAAAAGCUAUCGAUUAUCAAAAAAAGUGUUUGGAAAUUAGUACUGCUACUGGCGAUCAAACAAAAAUAGCAAUGGUCAAUGGCAAUUUAAGCAAUGCUUAUAGAUGCUUAGGACAAUAUGAAAAAUCCAUUGACUAUUCCAAAAAAAGUUUAGAAAUGAGUACUGCCAUUGGCAAUAAGUCUGGAAUAGCACAUAGCAAUUGCGAUUUGGGCAAUGCUUACCUUAGCUUUGGAGAAUAUGAGAAAGCUAUUGACUAUUACAGAAAGGCAUUAGAUAUUAGUACUGCUAUUAGCGAUAAAUCUGGAAUAGCCACUCAGAAUUGCAAUCUGGGAAAUGCCUACCUUCGUUUAGGAGAAUAUGAGAAAGCCAUUGACUAUUACAAGAAAGGUUUAGAAAUAAGCAUCGCCAUUAAUGAUCCGUCACUCUUAGCAAUUAAUAAAAGCAAUUUGGGAGCUGUACAUCGAUGUUUAGGGCAGAAUGAAAGUGCAAUAUCAUGUUUAGUGGAAUCUAUCAGCAUCUUUGACAAAAUAUUUUUAAACUCAGUACCAGACCAAAAUAAGUUGUCAUUCACUAAACAAUACUUUACCGACCAUGUAAUGAUGAUGAGUUGGUUUAUUUCUCUUGGGCGCAUUGAAUCUGCAUUAUUAGUCAUUGACCUCGGAAGGGCUAAAGAACUUCAUUGCUCCAUUGAAAGAAAAAAGAAAUCUUUGAAUACAAAAAUGUUCGAUUAUGCAAAUGCGGGUUGGAAGAGAAUCAAGAAUAGUGAAGAACAGGUAGAAAUAGAAGAAUUACAGAGCAUCCUCCAGGUAAGCAGCAACGAUACUUCCGUUAUAGUAUUUGCUUUCGAUUUGCAAGGUUUUCUCAAUGUUUGGGUGUUGAAUGAAGAAGUAAUCUUUAGAGUAUCAAAAUCAGAAGCACGAUUGGAGACAUUUGUGCAACUGAUAAGUGAAUUGUUCAGAAUGGUGAAUGUGAAUGUUAAUCGGGAUUCUUCGUUUUUCGAACUCGAUUCAGUGGCCAGUAUUGAUGAAAAAUCGAUUCUUCCUUUGGACGUUUUUAAAGAGAAAUCUCCGUCUAAAAAUAAUUUUGAGAAACCUUCUGUUGGUGAUGAUGAUUUAAACCAAGACGGUAUUUUGAAAACAUUGUUUAAACUGCUGAUUGACCCUGUAAGCGAUGUGAUUAAAGGCAAUAAGCUUAUAGUUGUUCCGGACAAGCAAUUGUUUUUUGCCCCAUUUUCGUCAUUGAUUGAUGAAAAUGGUUGUCAUUUAUCCCACAGUUACAGCAUUCAAGUUACGCCAUCAUUACACACUCUAAGAUUUAGCAUCGAACGCUCUCAAGAUCUGGGCCUUGGUUUUGCGUUGUUUGUUGGUAAUCCAACUGUUGGAACAGUUUCCUUAAAUGGAAAAGAAUUUUCACCCCCUGCCUUACCAAAUGCUGCUAGAGAAGUUGAAUGUCUUUCAAAGCUCUUCAAUGCUAGACCCUUAGUGGGGCGUGAAGCUAGAAAACAGGUUGUACUGGAUCUUUUAUCUGGGGCUAGCAUAAUCCAUAUCGCUGCUCACGGUGAACAACUUCGAGGUGAAAUAAUGCUUUCCCCUAACGUUUCCUCGACUCGGCCAUUUUCGACUCUUCCUUAUCCAGACGACUACCUCCUCUCGCAGAAGGAUAUUGUAAAUACUUCUUUGCUAGCUAGCUUGGUAGUUUUAUGCUGUUGCCAUACUGGGCAAGGUGAGAUUUCUUCCGAAGGUGUCGUAGGUAUUGCUCGGGCAUUUAUUGCAGCUGGCGCUCGCACUGUUCUCGCCACACUAUGGCCCAUUAGUGAUGAUGCCACGAAAGAGUUUAUGGAAGUAUUUUAUGGUGAGUUGUGCCAAGGAACAUCGGUUUGUGAAGCACUAAGAAAAACAAAGAAUCUCUUCCAAAAACACCAAAUCCAAGCUUACCGGUCUUACACAAUCUGGGCCCCAUUUACCAUCUACGGGGAGGAUGUGGUUUUUCAGAAACAUGACAUCGAAAAUAUAAGAGAUAAAUCACGUGACAUGUUCUCUUGUUUUGUUGUAUUACCCUGAAGUUUGUAAGUAUAAUAACUAUAUAGCUUUGUUUAGUCAGUAUCGGACUUGAAAUAUUCUGUUUUUUAAAUCCAUAUAAGUAGACAUUUCCUCUCUUCAAAGUGUGAUAGUGCGUUGUAAUAAAGAAAUACGAUUGGUAUGCAAUGUUGCAGUUAUCGCCAAACCGUAAGUAUAUAUCAGUUUCAAUUCAAAAUGUGAUUUCGUUAAGCCUUGUCCGCACUUUAGUUAAUUGCAAGAAUUCCCUAUCCCCAUUAUUUGCAUACUUAUUCGCUGGUCCCAAGAAGGGGAAUAGCAUUUUCUUGCAACUUGCAUGAACCAGGCUUUCGUCCCUUCGUUAUUGGCGUUGCGUAAGUUCUUGAAUUUCGGUCCUUAGGUAUCGGGCUAGUCAGGAUUAGAACAUUAACCUGCUUACUUCUCUUUAAUUCCCAAUAUGGAAGUUAAAUUUUAUUUAGGAUGUCAUUUCAAUGUCAAAACAAUACGCUAUAGCAAGCAGAUAUUCUAUUUUUUUUUCUCCACUCGUCAUCGGUUUACAAUAGUUAUAUUUUUGAAGAUAAGGGAGGUGGCUGCCUGUAUGAAAUUUUCACUGGUGGAAGCAGCACUUUAUUUGACUUUGCAGAUUAAACUUUUUGUGCAAGCAUUUGAACUUACAACCUAAUUCCCAGAAAUAAAUUUACACUUUUUUCAGGCAUGCGCUGACAGAGUAAAAAAAUUCACUUGGAGAAAAACAAUUGCAAGCUAACACCGUCCUGUUCAACGUUUCCGAGAUAUAUUUUGGUACAUGUAUGUGCAUGUAGAAAAUAAAGUGCAUGUAGCAAAUUAUAUCUGCAAAAGUUGACCUUCAAUAUUAUAAGUUUGCGAAAUUCCAGAUUUUUUUCCUACGAUAACACAAAAUAUUUAAUUUAUGUGCGACAGCUUCCAAUGUUAAGAAAUUUUAAGCAAACGUAAUUUAGUGAAAAACCUAAAAUUCAUUAUCAAUUGAUUUAAACUGAACAAAUCCUCCAUAGUAGAACCAAUAUACCAAUAGCUCUAUUUGCGCAGGUCAUUAAUGAAGUAUAUGCUUACAACUUCAAACUCUGCGAUGUUGUAACUUGAUACUUAUUUAUAGAUAAGAAAUAACAUAAACUUUAGCCAACAUUCUAAAACCUAGUGGACCGACAUCACGCGUACUGUAUUGAUAUGUUUCCGCAAUGAAGAAGGAAGUAAAAAUAUGUAAGGAUCAUCGAAGCGUUGUGAUAUGAAUUUGAACUUGCAUCACCGAAAACAUCGUUAAAAUCAUACGAAAUAAUUCAAUAUUUUGCCUUCUGUUGGAAAAAAGGAUAACAUGAAUCAAACCGAUGUACCUUCUACGUCUUAGUAGAACACUCGUGACAUUUGUUAUAACAAUUGUUGAAAGUCAUCAAGCGUCUUCACAGUUAUUUCAUAGGCGUAAAAAAAAUCGGGCAAAUUGAAACAAUAAUUGCUUGACAUACGAAAAUUAGAAAUCCGCAAGACUGCAAGAACAAUUACUUUACAUUUAAAAAAUGAACACACCUUCAACACAUCAUAUGGUAUACAAUGAUCAGUUGACUCACUGAACUAAAAAAGGGAAAGCAAUGAAAUCGAAAAAUGUUACCAGUGUUAAAGUAUUGGACAGGUGAAGUGUUGGGUAUUGUGAGAGUUCUUCAUUCGACUAGACGAUAUAUGCCCAUGCGCGUGUAUUUGUUGGAGAAAUAAUUAUACUAGAGUUGCACGAAAGCUCCUUCAUUUGUCGCUUCGUUUUUAUAAUCAAACGAAGCAAGUGGUUAUUGAUCUUGUGCUUUAAAUAAAUCAUCUUUACUGGUGCCUCGAAAUUUUGUACAAAUCGUAAUAAUAACUGGACCACGGAACGUGGAUUUGAAAAGCUUUUAUUUCAUCUAUAUACUGCGUGGAUCGUGUUCAAACAUUUUCAUUACAGGACGGAUAUAGCGACCAUGUGCAUACGGAUAUCCCGUUCAGUAGCGUUGUACGAGGAGAGACAUCCCAUAAGCAAGGAAGUGCGGAAAGAAUUGUGCCAGUCCACAAAAUGGUUGAAGAAUGUUGGUCGUAAUGUUUACAGAAAUUCAGUUAAACUUAAAUUUUCUUUUUUCAAAGAAUUAAUCGAAGAUGAAGGGUUUUAGAAUUGAGAAGAUGUAUCUAUGCACAUAUGUUUCCAAUGAUAAAGUGUGUUUCUUUCAUUCAUUUCAUCAAUUACAUUUAACCGAUGAAAAAUAAUUAUCUGCAUGUGCCUGUAUUACUGUCUCGUCAAAAGUUUUUGAAAGUGAGCCAUUGUUUAUGCUCAGCGUCUAUAUUCGUCUCGCAUUCUAACACCUUUUUAUCUUCCAAUACUUAAUGUCAUAUACUGCGAGAUGUUGCGAGGAAGAAUAUUACAGCAAAUAAUAAAAUAGUAUAGGUGGAAACAAUUGUUAUAACCUGCAAGCUUAUUUUGAAGCUUAAAAAGUUAAGGCCUUCAAUUAUUAACGAUAUAGAAUUACCGUAAAUUAUUAAUAUUGGACCCUAAAUUACCAAGUUAGCAAAUAUAAUUAUUUCUAUGUAGUACGUAUC